UCGUGCUCGCGUGUCGCUGGACCACGCGCUGGAUCGCGGUCCCUCGGUGACGUCUGUGUCCCCCUCUGCUCCCAGUGGCCCCCUACCAUAUUUAUUCAUGCCGGGCAAGAUGGCGUCGAUACAGACGAUGUGUUAUUGCCAGUGGACAUAACCAGGCAUUUUUUUCCAUCUAAACACAAAACCCAAUCGGACACAUUUACACGCGCGACCGCGUCGCGUGGGUGUUUAGCGCGCGAGCGUCGACGUCUUUUUUAUUUCACGCGUUUCCACGUAUUUGUUUUCGUACCAAAAUGUUCACGUUGUAGCUCGCUCGCUAACCGACCAGCUGGCUAACAGAGAGCAGCCACUAGCGAGCCGCCACAGCCGAGCCGCCGCGAAGUGUAGGAUGGGAGAAAAGCUGGAGCUGAAGCUCAAAUCCCCGGUUGGAGCCGAGCCCGCUGGAUACCCGUGGCCGUUACCGGUAUACGAUAAACACCAUGAUGCUGCUCAUGAAAUCAUCGAGACCAUUCGGUGGGUGUGUGAGGAGAUCCCGGACCUCAAACUGGCAAUGGAGAACUACGUACUCAUUGACUACGACACCAAGAGCUUCGAGAGUAUGCAGAGACUUUGUGAUAAGUACAACAGGGCCAUCGACAGCAUUCACCAGCUGUGGAAAGGGACGACCCAGCCCAUGAAGCUGAACAAGCGUCCUUCCAACGGGCUGCUGAGACACAUCCUGCAGCAGGUGUACAACCACUCAGUUACCGACCCGGAGAAGCUGAACAACUAUGAGCCCUUCUCCCCCGAGGUGUACGGAGAGACCUCCUUCGACCUCGUCGCUCAGAUCAUCAACGAGAUGGAAAUGAUGGAAGAUGACACCUUUGUCGACCUCGGCAGUGGAGUGGGGCAGGUAGUGCUGCAGGUUGCAGCAGCAACCAACUGUAAACACUACUACGGUGUAGAGAAAGCAGACAUUCCAGCUACCUAUGCAGAGAGCAUGGAUAAAGAGUUUAAAAAGUGGAUGAAAUGGUACGGGAAGAAACAUGGAGAGUACACAUUAGAGAGAGGUGACUUUUUGUCUGAAGAAUGGAAGGAAAGGAUCGCCAACACAAGUAUUAUUUUUGUGAAUAACUUUGCCUUUGGUCCAGAGGUAGAUCACCAGCUGAAGGAGCGCUUUGCUAACAUGAAGGAAGGUGGAAAAAUUGUAUCCUCCAAACCUUUUGCACCUUUAAAUUUUCGAAUAAACAGUCGAAACUUAAGUGAUAUUGGCACAAUAAUGCGUGUGGUGGAGCUUUCUCCACUGAGGGGCUCCGUGUCCUGGACCGGAAAGCCCGUUUCCUACUACCUGCAUACCAUAGACCGUACCAUACUUGAAAACUAUUUUGCUAGCCUCAAAAAUCCUAAACUCAGGGAGGAGCAAGAGAUAGCUCGGCGACGUCAUCAGAAGGACAGUAAAAGCAAUAGCACCACCCCAACAAAACCUAAAGAACAAAACAAGCAGGACUCCUGCGGUGAGGAGGAGCGUCCUAGCUUGGUGACGGUGGUCAAGCCCUCCGCCAAACCCCGAAGAGCCCGACUCCUGCCCAAAGCUCGCAAGUUGAACAACAAGAAACGCGGUCGCCCCAAGAAAGCCGCCCCGGCUGCCGAGAAGAAAAACAAGAAGAACCAGAGCGCGUUGGAUCUGCUGCAUGCCAAGACUCUUUCAGCGGCGCCCCCUCAGGAUGCAUACCGACCGCCUCAGAGUCCCUUCUACCAGCUACCUCCAAAGGUCCAGCACUAUCCCUCGAGUCAACUGCUUCUGAGCCCGACUCCUCCCGGUCUGCAGCAGCUGCUGGAUAACAUCAAAGUUCAAUACCUCCAGUUUAUGACCCACAUGAAGACUCCUCAGUACCGAUCCAACCUGCAGCAGCUUUUAGAACAGGAGAAGCAAAAACACCGGGACCUGUCGGGGCAGGCGGAGCAACUGCACUCAGUUUGUCAGACCCACAAGGACAAGAUCAAAGGCCUCUUUCAGACCAAACUAGAUGAGCUGGGAGUGAAAGCCUUGACUGUGGAGGACCUGCUGCAAGCCCAGAAGGAGAUAUCGGCCCACAAUCGUCAGCUGAAAGAGCAGACAAAGCAGCUGGAGAGAGACAUGGUCUUGCUGAGAGACCACAGCCUGCUACUGCUCAAGUCUCGAUGCGAGGAGCUAAAGCUGGAUUGGGGCUCUUUGUGUCUGGAGAGUCUGUUGAAGGAGAAGCAGGCGCUGCGCAGACAAAUCUCUGAGAAGCAGAGACACUGUUUGGAGCUGCAGAUCAGCAUUGUGGAGCUGGAGAAAAGUCAAAGGCAGCAGGAGCUGCUUCAGCUCAAAUCCUACAGCCCCUGUGACGGCUCCCCGUACAGAAAGAGCCUGGAGUCACGCACUUCUGCCAACAUGGACCCCUCUAAGCUCGGCCUGUCCUCGGGCCCGGCCCAUAACGGUGUCAGCCCGGAGCUGUCCAUCAAUGGCACCAGCUCGCCCUGUUUCGCCAACGCCAAGGGGGAGCUUCUUUCCCGCUACCUGCCCAUCUCUCCAGACCAUGAGAUCGUACCCGCCAUCCCCGAUGCACGGCAGAGGCAGCAGAGCUUCUCCUACGCUCUCCCCGAUUACACGCGCUUCUCCCCCGCCAAGAUUGCCUUGCGGAGGCACCUGAACCAGGACCCGACUGCUCACUUUAGAGGUCCGGGGCUGACCGCUCACAGGGAAUUUGGAGGUGUUAACUCCCCACUCGGAGCCAAACUGAACUGCCCCUCUCCUCAUGCAUCUGAUGUCCAGAAUAAAGGUUUCGAGAGGGCUGGUAAGGAGAGGAGUCCAUCUGUUCAGGGGGACAACAGCAUUACAAGCCUUCCAAUAAGUAUCCCCCUGAGCACAGUCCACCCAAGUAAACUACCAAUCAGCAUCCCUCUGGCGAGCGUGGUGCUGCCCAGCCGCGCUGAGAGACUGAGAAGUACUCCGAGUCCUGUGUCUCAGGCAGGUCAGACUAAUGGAUAUGUAUCCAGCUCAGGGUUGAUGAAUGGAGGUCCCCAUCCUGAGGACCACAAUGGUGCUUCUUCAUCACCUCCACCGCACCCCAACACACCUUUGACAGGACCCGUGGGCAGAGGAGGUCCCAUCCAGAGCCCACCUCUCGGCACUGGAGGGGUCCUUCAGUAUGCAGACGGGCCCCCAAGGAUUCUUCCAGAAGAUGGACAGGAUCGCCAAGGAGGAGAGUCCGACACGGAGCCCCAGGACAGUGAACUGCGGAGGAGAAUCUUCUUCUCUUCCUCCUCCUCUUCCUCCUCGUCUUCCUCCUCGUCAGGCGGUGGAGGCAGCGUGGCCGGAGGAUCACGCCUCCACCACUACACUGGCAACAAGCAGGGAUACCACAGUAACCACGGAAACCACCACCAUCAGUCCCCCGGCACGCAACACACUCAUACACCCACGCACAUGUCGUCAUCGCACUCCUCCCACGGCCUUCAGGAGGGUCGCAAGCGGGGGAGAAGGAAACGCGGCUCCUCUGUGGCCGGCGGAGCCAGCGGCUCCCCGAAGAGGAGGUCGUUCCCGGGGCUGGGCUCCAACAACCCCUCCUCAGGAUCGCCUCUCAACAUUAACUCCAUGGUGAGCAACAUCAACCAGCCUCUGGAGAUCUCUGCCAUCUCCUCUCCAGAACAAUCAAGCCGCAGCCCCAUUGGGCCUGACCUGGACCAGCCUCCCAUCUUGAAGAGAGAGCGACCCCUGGAGCUCAACGGCACGAGUCGUUACUCCUCCGCCCCCAGCUCUGACGACGAGGACUCAGGAUACCCUGCUGACAGCUCCAGUUCACGAAUUGAAAGAAAAAUUGCCACGAUAUCCUUGGAGAGCAGAGAUGGACCAGAUAGACAUGGGGAUGGUGAGAGAGUCAGGAAGUCUGGGAGCAGCAGUGGUAACAGCACAGGCAGUGAAACCUCUUCGUCCUCCUUGUCCUCUAACAGCAAGUGGAAAUCCACCUUUUCACCCAUUUCCGACCCCAAGCAACCCAGCUCUGACCUGAGACAGGGGGGCUCUCCAUUUGGCAUGGGGGGCUCAGGCCGGGGCACUGACUCAGAUUCUGACCACAAACCGCAGCAUCAGCAGGUGAGGAAAGGAAGUGACGGAGAGACGUCCAGCUACAUGAACCCCAACCCCUUCCUGAGUCAGGACGCAGGGCCCCGGGUUGGGUGCAGCGGCGCCGGAGGCGGCAGCGGUUCCGGCUCCCAGGGAGGCAGUAGUUCAGAACAGCGCCAGGCCCUCCAGAAACAGAAGACCCCUCGCGACUGGGAGAUGAAGACGAGCAGCACGGCCAGUCAGAACCUCUUCAUAUCUGCUGCUACGAGCAGUGGUGGGGGCAUUCUGAGUGGGAAGGUGGGGGGCAGUCCUGUAGCAGUUUCUUCAACCACGGGAUCCUCUGUGGGGCAGUACCUGGGGUCGCAGUUCCCUCUCGGAGGGGCCUCAGUCUUACAGUCCUUGUUCGGGGCCCAGACAGGCGGCUCCACGGUGAGUGGGACCCCGAGGCUCGUCAACGGACACUCUGCCCUUGGAAGCUUCUCCAGUGCUGGGCUGGCAGGGGGAGCGGCUGGAGAGGACACCUUCCCAUCAACAGAGACCUCAUCAGCCUCCACAGUCGCUCAUCACGACCCUCGCAAUGCAGCGUGCUUUGUGGAUGACAUUUUCGCGGUGUUGCGUGACGCGGUUGGGAGUGACGGCGAACUGGCAAACGGCAGUUUGUCUCAGUUCGGGAUCUGCACUGCGUCCGGCAGCUCGUCGGGCUCAGUCUUGUUAGAGCUCGCCAAGGAAACGAGCGGAAACCAGAGACACGGAUUGGAGGCGCUGCACCCAACUGGAGUGCUCUUGGCAGAGGAAGGCGAGAGAGGAACGCUCGUGUUGACCUUUGACCUCCCACCGUCUCCUUUGCUCAAGCUGAGCCCUGCACUGCUCCUGGAGUUUGAAAGCCCCCCCACUGGAGGAAUCCUGGACGUCACUUUCACCAGUCAGUCGCUGCAUCCUCACGCACAGACUGUGUGCAUCUUGGGAGAAACGCGGUACCUACUGCUGACGGGAAAGGCAGCAGAGGGCAACCUUCACCAGAAAUGGAGGAUUUCUGUUGAGACGAAAUCCCCCGAUAUGAGCCAAAGCCUCAAAGACAUCCUUAUUGGUGGAACAUCAGGAAGUAACAUCAGCAUGGUUCCACUUCUGCUUUUCUCUGGGGAGACAGGAACUGAUACAAGAUAUCAUCACAGUUCAUCCUUGACCUCUUCCCAGACCUCCUUCCUCUGUGAGCUGAAGCGCUUCCUGGGUGACGUCCUGCCCCAGGACCCCCGUGAGUCCUCUCCGCUCCUGCGGGACUCCUUGCAGUCCCUGCCUCCCCUGACGCUGGGCUUAUCCUCCAGCGACGCAAUGCUGGCGGGACUGAUCAACUCCUCCUCCAUCACCAUCUUCUCCUUCAGUAGCUGGAGCUCCGUGUUUCAGGUGCACCGCGGAGAAUUGACCUUUUCUCCUGCGCUGCUGGACGAGCUCAAGCAGAGGUUGGAGCACACCGUGGGGAAGAUUACGGAGGUCAUACGGGAGGAGCAAGUGGGCCAGAGGGCCACGGAGAGGCUGGGGAGGCUCAAGGACCUCUGCUUUCCCGUUGAAGGAACCGGCAUCAGAACAGGAGGGAGCCAGUACCGCGCAUUUAUCCUGCUGAAGGCCCUGCAGACGGUGGCCCGAGCCUACGAGGUGCAGAGAGGACUGCGGGCCACCAGGGCGGGUCCAAGCAACCCGGCGAGGGCCAACAUAUGCGGGCUGAGGAGCCUCACCGUGUCCCUCGAUAAGCGCCUCGGGCUCCCAAACACGGUCAACAUCAACAACUGCCACGGCUCUUGCGCUUUCCCCGUGACCAACGGCAACAACCACGCCGUCCUGCUCAACUUCCACAUCGAGAGCGAGAGCGUGGACGAGCGGGCGCCGUGCUGUGUGCCCGUGGCCUACGAGGCCCUGGAGGUGGUGGACUUGAACGAGCACGGGACCUACCUCUCCAUCAAACCAGAUGUGGUGGCCAGGGAGUGCGGGUGCCGCUGAAGCGGGUUUCCUCUCGGAGUGGAGUUAAGUGAUAUUUUACAGAUAACACUGAAACUUGUGUCAUGCGAUUGUUACUGGCAUAUAUUUAUUCACACAGUAUCAAUACACUGGUAGUACAUACACGUGUUAAUUCACAGAGGUCUCUUUAGGCCAAAUACUUAAAUAUAUAUAUAUAUGUAGACUGUGUAUUAUUUGCAGUAUUUCCACACUUAAAAAUAUUCAAUCUUUUUUUUUUUACUAAUCUUAUUUGAAUAAAAAGCCAUUGUUUUAUUAUCCAUAAGAGUGAUUGAUUAAGAUUCCAUCGGAUAAUUAUUGUUUGAAAAUUGUUAAUAACUUGAGAUUGUGUUCAAAUGUGGCGAUAAGUGACAUUUCUGAAUAAGUGAUACUAAAAGGUAGAUUUGAUUAAAUGAUUUAAGAUAUGCAUUAAAUGUGGUAAACAUGUCUAAAUAACGACAACUGACAAAUGAAAUGGUAUUCUCUAGAAAACAAACCAACAUGGAUUAAUAAAUGUAACAUUCUGUAUUUUUAGAUUAUUAAAUGAAAAGUACCCAAAAGGUUGUUUGUGCUGUUUAUUCAGUAACAUGGUGUUUUUACACGAGUACUUUAGGUUUGGGUUUCAGGAUCGCUCUGUUGCCAAUCGGCUUUUUUCUUCUUCUUAUCGCUCCCAGUUCUUCGGAUCCCCACCACCACAUGAAAUUGUCCCAUAUGGAAAUCUGGAGACGGACAGCAUGGUUCAAAAAGUGAUGCCUCAAAAGACACACAUUAUACAACUACAUGACAACAGAAGAUAUUUAAAUAUAGUCACUUCGAUUUUAUGAUGCCCGCCUGUAUUCAGUUGUAUUUAAAGGGAAAUCGACCCUUAAAUAUAGUGAUUAUUCAAUAUCAUUUUAUAGUUCCGUUUCUAAGUCUGACAAUCAACUGAAAUGCAGAGAGACGGGUCCUGGAGUUACUUUACUGUCAGAAAGAAGUCGCAUUAUCAUAAUCAGUUGUGACCUUGUAAAAUGAUGCAAUGAAAUGUAAUCAUAUACUGCAAGGCAUUGUGGCAGUUUGUUUUAAUAUUGCUCGAUCUAUAAUCGAAGGCACUGCUAGAGAUUCGGUGCCCUCUGAAAACAGCUUCCGCUGAGACGACGACGAACAUCUGGAACACCUGUCGUCUUUCAGCGCACCUGUCUAGUUACUGGUCCCCUGUUGAUCAUCCAGAUGUAAUCCCGCCCCCAAGUCCGUAUAGGAUCAAAAAUAACAAAUAAAUGAAAGUUGAGCACGGUAUUGGUGCUCAUCACUGCACUAAACUCUCAGCCUAACAAAUGCAUACCUAUAAGGGUGUCUUUAUUUCCAUUUAUUGAACAAACAAUAAACCUACUGCUAAUCAAAUAAUCUCAUCAUUCCAUGUAAAGUAUCUUUAAUCUUAACGUAAACAAAGGCCUCCGCUGCAUAGCAUCGCAGUGUUAAACAAACCAAACUAACCCUGUGUUACAGAGAGAUAGAGGCAAUACCUGAAACAUUGAACCAUCCUGCAGACUUCCAAAGAAAGAGCGUACACCCGUCUCCUCGACAAAAGAAUCCAUUGCAUCUAGAAAACAGACACAAAAAAAGAGAAAAUAAUAGCGGAGAAAGAGUUCAGGAUGGCACAGAAUCGUUACAGCCAGUGCGGUGUUGACAAGAAUAGAAGAAUACACCCGAAGCAGCAGGUAUCUACAUACGUGUUGCAUGUUACUGCAAUGAUGCGGAUACACACCGAGGAACACUUUGUGUGAUGUGACUGCGGUACCCACCGUGCACUUCACUGACCCCUGAGCUCACGAGCAGGACGACCAGAGCCAGCACUAAGCAGCGGUUCAUGGUGAAUCCUUUCCAUGGAUUUGGAACGUCACUCAAGCUUUCGAUGGACAGAAUGCGCUCGUAGGACACUGUGGACGGACACGAGCCAGUCAGAUAGUGGACAUAGAAUUGAUUCCGUGUGUUGACAUGCUGUCUUACUCGUGAUGGGUUCAGAUGUCCCAGCUCUCGCUCCCGAAGUCCUGUCGGCGGAGGUUUAAAUUCAAAGUUGGAUCCGUAAUUAGGCUGUAAAUUAAGAUGAGAGAUUACAUUUCGGUCAAGUGUAAAACCAACUGAAAGUCAAGGUUUUUGUGAUGUUUGCGCCUGUGUUGCUGUGUGCACGGUCUUUCAGACGGUCCUGUGUGUCAUAGUCAAACAUAGGACGGCUUAAAAUAGUCACCUGCAGC